AGUUCCGCGGCGUAUUACCACCGCUAUUUCUCACAAAUCUACUCUUUGCGAAAACUAGGGUUUUGAGGUUCUGAUCCCCCUGAUUUCCAGCCAUGGGAGGAGGCAACGCCCAAAAGUCGAAGAUGGCACGCGAGAAGAACUUGGAGAAGGCAAAGGCCGCUGGCAAGGGAAGCCAGCUAGAAUCAAACAAGAAGGCGAUGACAAUCCAGUGCAAGGUGUGCAUGCAGACAUUUAUGUGCACUACAUCAGAGGUGAAGUGCAGGGAACAUGCAGGAGCAAAGCACCCCAAAUCUGAUGUUACUGCUUGCUUCCCCCAUCUCAAAAAUUGAAUAAAUUGAUCAGAGAGAACAUCCUAGAGACAUGUCAAGAAAAUCAUCAUCUCAUAUUAAAGCUUUCUACUUUAAUUCCAAUGAGUCCUAACAAUCAUGGUUGCUUUCUGCGUAUUGUAUAAUUUGUGUGCUUGAGGUAGUGAGAAUGGUUGAUACUUGUUUCCUUUUGUUAAAGCGAAACUCAAUGUUUUAUUAUAUUAUGAAGUAUCAAUGCCAUUGGUCAUGAAAGCUUGUUUAGUUAUAAUGCCCUUGAUUAUGAAUAUAAAUGCCCUUGCUUAUGUUGAAA